GAAGAGCUCUCCACGGCGUCCCUGAGUUCCAGCCUCCGCGAGUUUCACAUGGUCCAUGGCCGUGCUUACCACAAGGACGAGAGUGGGUGGCCGAGCAACCGUACCACUGAUCGUUGCGACGGACACUUCCAGAAUCACCAGCUCCUUCUGACCUUUGACGGUCGCAAGUACUUCUCUCCUAAUGCCGAAACAGCAAAGAGGGUUCUUGAUGUUGGCACCGGCACCGGCAUUUGGGCCAUUGACUUUGCGGACGAGCAUCCCCACGCCGAGGUACGUUCCUUGUCUGAGUGUAGGCUGAACGGCACUCAUAAUCUCUGGGUUGUGGGAGUCGACAUUGCACCCAUCCAGCCUGGCUUGGUUCCUCCCAAUCUGCGUUUCGAGGUUGACGAUGUCGAAAAGCCUUGGACGUGGACACAGCAAUUCGACUACAUCUUCGUCCGCAUGCUUGUCGGCUCCCUGGCGAGCUGGGAGCCAUUCUUCAAGCAGGCUUACGAUACCCUCGAGCCUGGGGGCUGGAUCGAGCUCCAGGACCCCGGUACCCCCUCUGUCUCUGAUGACGGCACCUUGAAGGACAGAUCCCCUUUGUGGCAGCAUGACAGACGCUUCAUCCAGUCUGCUAAGAACCUUGGCCGCCCGAUCCAUCUCGCUGCCGACCACGACGAGCGCCUCAAGGACGCAGGAUUCAUCAACGUCGAGCGCAAGGUCUUCAAGUGGCCCAUCAACACAUGGCCCAAGAACCCCAAGCACAAGGAGGUCGGCUUGUGGACUCUGGCCAACAUCGAGGGCAAUCUCGAGACCAUCAGCAUGGCCCUGAUGACCCGCGGCCUAGGGAUAACUAGGGAGGAGGUGGAGGCCUUCCUCGUGGGCGUCAGGAAGGACCUUCGGGACCGCAGGAUCCAUGCUUACUGGCCGGUCUACGUGACCAUCGGCCAGAAGCCGUUGCUGGAGAACUAGACAGCUCAAAUUGCAUCAAGUCUUGACAGUUGGGAUCAAUAUUACGCGAACAUCGCACAUACAGAUUGGUCUCAUCUAGUAGCGCGGGGGCGGUGGGAGCAAGUGUUGAUGAUGAUUUAGUUUGGCAUUCAUUACAUCAAAUGGUAGCAUAUGCUGCACAACAGCACUCU